CCUCGGGCUAGAAGCGAAGCGCGGACGAGACUCCGGGAAGCGCCUUCCUUUAAGGCGAUUCGAGGCGUCGCCAAGGAGACGGCGAUUCAAGAACCCUCCCUUCUACGCCCCCUCUCCGCCCAAGAUCGCUCGUUGCUACGGCGACGCCCGGGUUCUAGAACCGAACCGCGUUGCCUGAGCAGAGCGGGGCGUUGGAUGUUCCAGAACGCUUGCAAGGAAGGGCGGUCGACUUUGCUGCCGGGCAAACCGGAGAGACAAGAAACCUGCAACUUUUUGUGGCUGGCCGGCCGGUAUAAAUCCGAAUUAAUUUCCAGGAGCCUCAAGCCUGCUGCAGAAAGCCGAGCCGGUCCCUCGAGCUCUGCAUCCUCCCUUUCCCGAGGAGGAUGCUCGAAGGAGCCCGGCGGGGCUUCUGAUUUCCACGAACUCGGGACCUGCGGGGUCAUUUUAGGAGGCUGGCGAAUUAUUUAUUGUCCCUGCCGUGGAAACCUGGAACCCUCCUGCAAGAAGAAAAAAGGAAAGACGAAAAAAAAAAAAAAGACUUCAUGCAAGAAUUCCCAUGGCGAGUUGCAGACACGGGUGUUUUUUUGCACCCGCCAUGCGGGUCAGGAGUCCCUCUGACUCGAAAUUGCUCUUGAGGAAAUAAUUGUCCUUAAAACGUCUGAAGCGGUGUCUUGCAACUGAAGCAGUGUCAUGAUGAGAUGAAACGGGGUUGCAUGACUAAAGAAGCCUUGUUGGUUGUUUGUUUUUCUUUGCAGUUAAUCAAUCGAGGUUAAAGCAAGGAAGCUGGGCUAAUGGAAGGAACCCCUGGCUCCUCCCUCCCCUUUCAGGUAGAGAUAAACCUGUCAUUGCACAACAGCCUGUGAUUUGGGGACAUUCAGCCAAUUUUUGUAACGAUCUCAGUUUUUGCAAUCGACCCUAUUCUCUUAACAUCCAGUGCUGCUGUUUUUCCCUUGGAAAUUUUGCCAGCUUGUCACGGCAGAAAGUCAACUUGCUGGCUUGCAGGUGGAGUGACUGAACCCUGCCGGACCUGCUUUGUCACCUGACACCUGUCUUUGGAUUGAAGGAGACCUAGCCAUGCUUUCUGAAGCUCUGCCCUGCUUCCAGUUACUCCGGAUGGGACCGGCCUCUUCUGGGGAUUUGCCAAACCGAGAUCUCUACACUUUCCGACCUGCCAAGCCCAGCUGCGUCUAUCGUCUGGGUCGCCGAACCGAAGUUUGUGAUGUCAUUCUGUUGUCUGAACAGAACCCGGCCUUGAUCUCCCGGGUCCAUGCGGAGAUACACGCAGAACGGGAUGCUGACAGCAUGGCGGGGGAGUGGCGAGUUGGCCUGGUGGACUGCAGCAGUUAUGGUACAUACAUCAAUGCUCUCCGCAUGUCCCACGGCCAGAGGGUAGAUCUGAACGAUGGAGACCUUCUGACUUUCGGCCAUCCCAGCCCGGUGCCCGAGGGUUGCGUGUUACCGCCGCCACAUGGCAACUCCGAGUUUUAUUUCCUCUUCCAGAAAGUCCGUGUUCGGCCGCAAGACUUUGCAGCUAUCACCGAACCCAAAGCCCCCUGGGCUUCUUCCUCUGGCUUCCGGCCGGUGUUGCCUUCCGACAACCAUCGCAUCCAUCCCCUAUCCCGUCAUUCGCCCACCUCCCUCUCAUGCCGCCCCAAAGCCACCCUCAUCCUUAGCUCCAUUGGCAGCCUUAGCAAGCUGAAACCCCAUCCCUUCACGUUCUCUUUGAGUCAGAGCCGAUGCACGGAUCCUCCCACCCAGCCGAAACCAUCCCGCAAUCGCCGUAAGUCGGCUCACACGGUGCUUCCUGAACUAGAGGAUGAAAUCGCACGUCUGGAAGAGGAACAGCCACCCCCGGAUAAGGAGCAGCGCUUGGGAACUUACCGAUGUUGCCAGAGUAGCAAUUUGAGGCUCCAGCAAAGAGUGCAGGAACGGAGCAAAAGCAUCCAGGAAGAUGUAGAACCAAAGCUUCAUAUCACACCGAGUGGGAAGCGUCGUGGUCGGCCUCGGAAGAAUCCUCUGGGAAGCGCUGGCCAAGUUUUCUCCCAGACUCUUUCUUCCCUGGAGCCAUGUGCGGCUCCCCGGUGCCGCCUUCCCCAGGAUGAGAUGGUGGAGUGGGUCCAGUGCGAUGGCUGCGAUGCCUGGUACCAUGUAGCCUGUGUGGGCUGCAGCUAUAGUGUUGUGAAAGAGGCAGAUUUUCGGUGUGUUGCCUGCCGUUCAUAAUGCCAGAUAAUUCUCCUCAGAAAACGGGUCCCAUCAGUGACCGAAAAGAUUUUUUUAAAAAAAUAAGAUCCCUGAUGGACGCAUGCGGACUACUGAAAAUUUGCACAGGGUAAGCCUUCCUUCAUAGAGAAAGAAGCAGAUAUUCAGUAGGGUGAACUGUGGAUACGUGCAACGGAAACCCCUUAGACCAGGGGUCUCUUAGCUUUGCUGGCUAAGGAACUCUGGAAGUUGAAGUCCACAAGUCUUAAAGUUGCCAAGAUUGGAGAGCCCUGCCUUAGACGGAAUGGGGUGAGCAACCUUUGACACGUAAAAGGAGACAGACUCCCAAGUUAUCAGUCCCGUUUCUUUGGAAAUCACUGCCUUGCUGAGAAAAUGUCAAGCAAGCGUUUGUGGGAAUGUAUCAUGCUGUAAAUGGCUACCUGGUGACCCUCUGGAGAAGGUCAGUGAGAACCUGGAGAUCAACGCAAUAGACCUUUGGCGCAGAGUCCCCCCUCUUGGAAUCUUUUCAUUUUUGAACUUUUUUCAAAAAUUUUCAAAAACGUUCUCAUCUUUGAAAACGUUUUUGUUUUUGAAAGUCCUGCAGAAGAUGUGCAGGGAAGAACAAUCCGUAUAUGUCAGUUGGCUUGCACAACAAAUUCAUAAAACAGCCGAAUAUGGCCAAGGUUCGGAUGGGGCGCCAACUUUCUGAUCGCGCCAAAUGGUCUGAUCACCAUCCGUGCCUUACAACAGGGAGAAGGCUGUUGUGUGAACAACCAGCUGCUUCCUGGAGGGGUCAACAAGGGUGGUCAAAACACAAAAGAAGCCACUUGGGGAAGGCAGAUCCAAGAAUUGCGUCUCCGGAUUUGAGAUUUGGGGCUCUUCAAAUCUUCACUUAAGUUCAUGUACGCCAGGGGAAGAUUUUCCAAGAACAGGAUUUGCUCCCUCUCUCUAGCCUUUGGGGUGGACGAGAUGGCAGGUGAAAAAGCAAGCACGGAGUUAAAAGAUGAAGAAUUAAAUGGGAAGAAAAAAACAGCAACACAUAACCCACGAAUUCUAAAUUCCAGAGAAAUGAAUGGGGGCUUGUAUUCGAAUUGAUGAGGCUGGUACCGUUCACCAUCUGCUUUUGUCCGUAUUUAAAGCGCGUACGUUUGCUUGACUGUUACACCAAAAGCAACCAGGAAGGAAAGAUUUCCCAUCCUCUUCACUUUUCACCCUCUGUUUUCGCCUCCCAGCACCGGGCAGUGAGACGAGUGGAGGGGGGGGGAAGAAGGGGAGGAUUUUUUACUCUUUUUAGCAAUCGCUUUUUUGACUUUUUUUAAAAAAAGCUUCUUGCACUUUAUAUGCAAAUAAGGCAGGCACACAAUUUGAGUGCUCCUUUUGAUUUAACUUAGCUUCU